AUGUCGUCGUACCUGUCCAACAUCCUCACCAACACGACAUCCAAGUAUAACACACUCCGGCGCAACCUCCUAUCCGACGAAGUCGACGGCGACACCGAAGACGACUCGCACCUGUGUCGAGCACUCCGCGCAUACUACACGGAGCAGAACAAAGCCUUUCCGCCAUGGCUGCCCAAUGACCCGAAGCGCUCCGCCUCGGCCAGACACCGACCAUCAACGCUCCCUAGGGAGGCGGCGGCAGAGGCGGUCUAA